AUGUCCUUAGAUAGGGCGUAUACCCAGGACACUCGCGGAGUGGUCGUCAUUAUCUCUAUCGGGGGAGGGACUUCUAAUUGUUUUCUAACGGCGGCGGCUACGCCGGCCGAUGAGAGUCGCGCGUCCCCGGCGUUGAGGGCCGAGGGAGCGGACACCAAAGUGAAACCAGCCGUUGUUAGUUCUCAUUCAGCCAGAGCCUCUCCGCUCUUGGAGACGGUACUCUUGGCUACGGCUCAGGUCGGAGCUUUAAGCUCGAACGGGGAGAUAGUUAGAGUCCGUGCGUUGUUGGAUCAAGGCUCGGAGGCCUCUUUCGUAUCCGAGUCAGCUGCUCAGCUACUCCAGUUGCCGAGACGAACGGUGGAAAUCUCGUUGCGAGGGAUUAGCGGUAGGAGAGCCGGUGCUGCUCAUUCGGCUAUACGGUUGGUGUUGAGCUCAUUGGUCGACCCGCGAUCCACAGUCGAGAUCGAUGCUCUUGUUCUGCCGCGUCUCACGGCACCACUUCCAGCCUGCUCGCUGAAGGAGCACGCUUCAUCGCGAUUUCGAGGACUGCCGUUGGCAGAUCCGCAGUUCACCACCUCGAACCCGGUGGAUCUUAUCCUGGGGGCGGAAGUGUACGGGCAAAUUCUAAAGUCAGGCGUGAGGCGCUGGCCUGCCUCGCGUCUCGUAGCACAGAACACCGUCUUCGGAUGGGUAGUUUUUGGCGCUGUCACAGCCGACCCGGCACGGCGGGCGGCGUCGGCAUCACUUCUGCAUUGUUCUACAGAUCCGGACUUGCUGAAGGUGAUGGAAGGUUUCUGGAGACUAGAGGAAAUCCCGUCGUCUCUGGAUAAAUGGGACGACGAGGAGCAGAGUUGCGACGAGUUAUUUAGUCGAACGCAUUCGCGAAACUCGGAGGGUCGAUACGUAGUACGACUUCCGUUCAAAUCUAGCCUUCCGGAGGCCGCUAGGGAGACGCGUGGAAUGGCGUUAGGGUCCCUCAGGUCGAUGCAUCGUCGCUUUGCACGGGACGCGAGAUUAGCACAAUCGUAUCGAGAGUUCAUGGAAACGUACGAGUCGCUCGGACAUAUGGAACGAGUGCCUCCUGAGGAGACUGCCAAUCCUUCGGCUUGGUACCUGCCUCAUCACGCCGUUGUGCAGUGCUCGGGCACGGCGUGGAAGUUACGUGUAGUCUUCGACGCUUCUCGUCAGACAAAAGGAGGUUACUCCUUGAAUCAUUACAUGAUGAAAGGUCCCCCGUUGCAGCGCGAUCUUGCAUUGAUACUGCUUAACUGGCGUAGAUAUCGAUUCGUGUUUACCACAGAUAUUGUGAAGAUGUUUAGGCAAAUCGGGGUUGUGCCUGCCGAUCAGGAUUGUCAGAGGAUCGUGUGGUCCCCGGAUCCGACGGUCGACCCUGUGGACUAUCGACUAACGACGGUGACGUAUGGCACUAACAGUGCUCCGUAUCUUGCGAUACGUACGCUUUUACAAUUGGCUCGGGAUGAGGGGAGUAGGUUCCCAUUAGGGGCGCGUUGUCUCGAGAAUUACACCUAUGUGGAUGACGUAUUCGCGGGCGCGGAUGACCUAGCACUUGCGGUGAAGAAGCGUUCUGAACUUGUGGAACUUUUGGGACUGGCCGGCUUCCCGCUCGAUAAGUGGGCGGCGAACCACCCGAGUCUCUUACCCAUUCAGCCUCGGUCAGUUUCCUCCACGCGAAUCAACGACGGUGAGUCGGUUAAGACACUCGGUAUUUACUGGGACUCCAUCCAGGAUGCCUUCAGGUUCGAUAGCUUAGCGCCUAAAUCCACAUCAGAUUCGGUGACGAAAAGAGUGAUCCUUUCGGAUAUCUCUAGAUUGUUUGAUCCAUUAGGCUG